UCCUUCACAAACGACUUCCUAGCCUUCCGACAUAUCCUCGACAACCCUUUACUACUAUUCUUUUCUUUAACAUCCCAGCGCCUUCAAUUGCUUCCAUUAGUCUUUGCCCUUCUUAUCCCAUUAUUUUUCUAUCUCUGGUUCGUUGCCAUAUCGGGUCUCCGGAACCUUCUUUCUUAUUUCUCUUAUCGAGUGAACCUUGCCUCUUGGUCACAUUUUCAUUUUGCACAAGUGCACACAAACCCCAAAAAAGAAAAAAAAAAUGUUUGCCACCAACUCCCACGCGACAAACGCAUCCAAUGCGCCCUCGAAUGCGCCAGGGCUCAACACCUGGCUUCAGGACGUCCUCGACUACUCCUCCUUCUCAGAUGACGCUCACUCACCCGUCCUCCCCAUCGAAUCCUUCGACCCCUCUUCUGCCUUCUCCUUCCCCGACUUCUCGAUGCCCCUGACUAUCUCUCCGGCCCAACAAGAAUUCCAGGACAUGUCGUUGUCACCGACCUUCCAGCCCCUCCCGACAACCUCUCGCGCCGACAUUGGUCUCUUCAAUGGCGAAACUGCGCGUCAAGCUGCUUUACUCCAUGCUUACCUCGCUGCUCAGGGACAGAGCAUCGGCAUUCCUCAGCAGUGGAUGGCCCCAGCAAUGACACUCCCCACCACUGAGCCCCAGCAGAUGCAGGGAGAGGAGCAGCAGAAGCAGCAGGAACAGGAGGAGCAGAGACAGCACAUGGCUAGGAUUCAGCGCUCAGAUGCCGAGAAUCUGGCGCGGUACCUUGCUCAGACCCAACAGCAGAUCAAACAGGAGAGCUCGUCUGAGACCGCGAUGGAAUACGAUUCAGUGUCGGUGCCCCAUUCGCCCUCUCCUUCGUCCUCCACCGCGUCUGAGGCCGGCGACAAGAGCCCCUCGACUUCUCCGACGCUUGCGGAGCGCUCGCUCAGCCCUGAGACUCCCUCUGGAUCGAAUGCCGAUAUGGCUGGCAAGACGGGAUCUUCCUCAGCCAAGUCAUCCUCACGUCAGCUCGAGUGCUUUAAUUGCAAGGUGACACAGACCCCGCUUUGGCGUCGAACCCCUGACCGCAAGCACUCGUUGUGUAAUGCUUGUGGGCUGUACUUUAAGCAGUAUGGAGCCCAUCGACCAUUGAACGCCCGACACAAGUUACCGACGGUGCUGGCGAGUUUGGGUACCUUGCCCUAUGCGCGUCCUACAUCUGGUCAGUCCAGUCGCGGUCCUUCUCCGGGACCCUCGAGUCCGACUAGCCCCUUGGUCGCUCAAGACUCAUCUUCGUCUGCGUCUUCGUCUUCGGAUAGCGACUCGGAUUCGAGCCAUGGCCAUGAUCUCACAAGUGUAUUCCCUGAUCUGACAGCAUUAUAUACCCAGGCGUUGCUUCCACCCUCACCCGUAAAAAAGGUCUCGCCACCGUUGAUGACGGCAAAACAGGGUAUCCAGUGCAAGAACUGCUUACAGACACAGACGCCGUUGUGGAGGAAGAACGAUGCUGGGGAGCCGAUCUGUAAUGCGUGCGGACUUUAUGCAAAGCUGCACCAUCGGGAUCGGCCGGUGACGAUGCGGAAGGCAAAGAUCUCGAGGAGGAGGAGAGAUUGGGGAGGGAACCUUGCGCAUAGAGCACAGGCCCAGGCCCAGGCUUUGGCGGCUGCACAUGUGCAGGCUUUGACGCAGGCACAGAAGAGUGUUGUUGAGGAGCAGGCGGAUGCAGCGGCGACGAUUGUGGAGGAGAUGAGUGGAAAGGCGAUGGGUCGAUCGUCCAUGGCGGUUGCUAGCGACAGCGAGGAUGAGACACUUCAGCGGCAACAGCAGUCAGUCCAGAGCUUUGCUUCAUCGGCUGCCGUUGCUGCGCCGGCUCCUGUGCCCGUUCCGUCGUCGUCGGUUGCACAGAGUUUGUCCAACAAUUUGAUCCUGGACGAGCACAAGUUUGCGGAUGUGGUUGGGUUGAUGAACGCGCAUCAGAUGAAUCGGUUCUUGUCGAUCUUGGAGAGCCGAUGUGGUGUGUUACGAGAGAGGUUGUUGGCGAGUACGGAGGCGUCGACUCAGCAGCAUUAUCGUCAUCAACAACAACAACAACAACAACAACAACAACAACAACAACAACAGCAACAGCAACAGCAGGCGAUUCAGGACCUGUUGUUUUAAGUGGCAUUUAUUUUCUUAAUUUUUUUUUUGUGUACAGGUUGAUGUAUAAUGUAGUAAUAUGAAAUCGAUAAAAGAUAUAUUGAAAAAAGAAAUGGUGAAGGCUG